CAAAUACCGUUUGUCAGAGACCGUUAUAACGUUGUCGCUAAACUGAAAUAGCAAGCUAGAGCUAGACUAACGCAGGUAGACAUAGGGUGCUAAAAUAAUCAUUUGACAUGCUUAAAUCUAAUGUUUUUAGCUAGCUACAGGCAUUUUGUUAGCGUUUCAGCCCUUGGUUGCAUAUUGUGGCGACGAUUGUUUUCCCCUCCGGUGGGCGUGGUUUUCAGAUUAUGACGCGUUGCGCUCUUUAUCUAUAGAAUUUCGGGGCCCACGGCCCUCCCAUGAACCACGGCAUCAUAAACGCGUUUACCGCAGUAGGCACAUUAAGGCCUGUAUUCACCGCAUUAGAGUCAGGGUUUUCCUGAGGCUGGUCAGCCUCCAUAUUGGUUGUGUGUGUGGUGGGGAUCCUGCCAACUACACCACAAAAGAUGUCGCUGAAGAGGAGGGAGCAGACCAUAAAUUUGGGGAUUGUGGGAAGAACAGGACCCAGCCUGGACCAGAAGAGCUGGGUGUUCUCCUCACACUGUUGAAUACUUCUUCAAAAUAUACACUUCACAGAGUCUGAUGCAACUGGAUUCAUUGCAGGUAAUUCAAAGAUAACAUGCAAGAACCCGGGCUGAUCUGCGCAUAUCAAUACAAACACUCUCAAAGCAUUCCACAAGACAGCAUUCCCCCCUCCUCAGUACAGGUUCAGCGUAUCCCCAAGACACAGCCAGCCAAGCCAGGAGAUAGUUUUAAGACGUGUACCUUAAAAGAAAAUAAAAUAAAAGAACCUGCGAGACCAUGAAUUCUUUCACACCAGAGGACUUUGACUUCACUGUCCUGGAGGAGGGGUCUUGUGCCUGUGACGUCCUUGAGCAGAGGAUCAACGAGUCAUCCAUGUCGGAUGACAAAGACGCCUUCUACGUGGCGGACUUGGGGGACAUCCUGAAGAAGCACCUGAGGUGGGUGCGUGCCCUGCCCCGCGUCACGCCCUUCUACGCCAUCAAGUGCAAUGACAGCCGCACCGUUGUCAUGACGCUUGCCACUCUGGGGACAGGGUUCGACUGCGCCAGCAAGAAUGAGAUGCAGCUGGUGCAGUCUCUCGGGGUGGACCCCAGCAGGAUCAUCUACGCCAACCCCUGCAAGCAGGUGUCCCACAUUAAGUACGCCUCUGCCCACGGGGUCCAGACGAUGACCUUCGACAGUGAGGCAGAACUCCCGAAGAUCGCCCGUUACCAUGAAAACGCCAAGCUGGUGCUCCGCAUCACCACGGACGACUCGAAGGCAGUGUGCCGGCUGAGCGUGAAGUUUGGGGCGACGCUGAAGAGCAGCCGGCUGCUCCUGGAGCGCGCGCGGGAGCUGGGCCUCGACAUUAUCGGGGUCAGCUUCCACGUGGGCAGCCGCUGCACCGACCCCGAGACCUACAGCCAGGCCAUCUCAGACGCCCGCUGCGUCUUCGACAUGGGGGCAGAGCUGGGCUACAAUAUGACCCUUCUGGACAUUGGCGGGGGAUUCCCUGGGUCCGACGACUCCAAGCUGACGUUUGAGGAGUUCACAGCUGUAAUAAACCCAGCGCUGGAUAAGUACUUUCCGGCCGACUCUGGGGUCAGAGUGAUUGCCGAGCCGGGCCGCUACUAUGUGGCAUCAGCCUACACGCUGGCGGUCAACAUCAUCGCCAAGAAGGUGGUGAUGAAGGAGCAAUCAGCCUGUAACGGCAAAGCUGAUGGGGCCAACAAUGGGACCCUGAUGUAA